AGAGAGAGAGAGAGAGAGAGAGAGAGAUGGAAAACUGGAAUAAUUUGAUGCACCUGUUUGUGACGGUAUUUCUAUCGUAUUUCGCGUCGUUGUUGGUAAAUCCGACGAUUGCUGAUGUGACAAUGGAGUGUGUUUGCCCCGGAAAAGACGAGUGCUCCCUCGCCAUUUAUCUCACCGGCUUUCAGCAGGCGGUUGGAGGGUUAGGAGCUGUGGUUAUAAUGCCACUGAUUGGUAAUUUAUCGGAUUCGUAUGGUCGAAAAGUUUUGCUCACAAUCCCCCUGACAUUGUCAAUCAUUCCAUUUGGUAUAUACGUUUUCAAUUUGUUAUGUAUUUUACUUCACAGUUUAGAAAACAACAAAAUGGAAUUUCAAUUCAAAAUAACUUUGACUUCAAUGGUUAGCGAAGGCGGUGUCAUGUGCCUAUCCCUCAGUUAUCUGGCUGACAAUGUAUCUGAGGGAAAACGAGUUUCUGCGUUUGGACUGUUGGCCGGUGUAGUAUCUGUGGCCACUGUUUGUGGCACAAUAGCUGCUCGUUUACUUCCCACUCCGCAAAUUUUUCAGGUCUUUGUGGCAGCAGUUGCAUCUAUAGUUGCAACAGUAUACAUGAGAGCCUUUCUUGAGGACACAAUUCGACACGUUGAUGCUUUAGAGCAGCCGAUCCUUAAACCAGAUAUUGGAACCACUGAACAAUUGGACAAAACAAAUGUCAUUAAGAAAAUUCCAUUACCCAAAGAUAUAAUUCGAUUUCUUAAGAGCAGCGUUACUGUGUCACUAGCAUCGUUUGUUGCUUUUUUCAAUAGUCUUGCCGAGGCAGGAGUUCAGUCUUUCUUAAUGAAAAUGCAGUAUUACUUAAAGGCGCGAUUUCACUACCAGAAGGACCAAUUUGCAGAUAUAUGGCUCAUUACCUACAUUGGAGCAACCGUAUCAAACGUAUGCCAUAACAACACAUUUUCUAAUUUUCAUCGUUUUUCUUUUGUCACAUGUAUCGUUUAUUUGUUUAUGCUACUUUACAGCAUAGCCUGGACAUCUUGGGUGCCUUAUGCCUCUGCAUCGUUGGCUAUCUUUCUUUCACUAGCAAGUCCCAGUAUAAGAUGCAUUAUUUCAAAACAAGCCGGCCCCUACGAACAGGGGAUUGCUCAAGGAUGCAUAAUGGGAGUAUCGUCGUUUGCUAAUGUCAUCUCUCCAUUGAUUUAUAGUCCUCUCUCAGCUUUAUUUUUGUCGGAGGCAGCUCCGUUUAACUUCCCAGGAUUCAGUAUUCUGUGCGUUGGUCUCGCUUGGCUUGCGGGUUUCGUUCUGAGUGCAAUGAUCAAAAUAGUUCCCCUUUUGUCUAGACGCAGACCCAGCGACCACAUCUCCACGUUGGCCUAAUUCCAUGUUAAUAAUAACUUGUACAUACAUAAUACAGAAUAUAUAUGGUCUUUAUGUUUUUUUUUUUCUUUUAAAAAUUCCUAAGGAGGAAGCAUUCAGGCGUUUUAUCAAUGCUUCUGACCUUCUGGAGAGAAGUGAGAUACCUGUAAGUUGUAAAUUAUGAUUCCACUUCUACUUAUUGAUUGUAAAAAAAAAAAAAACAUGUAAUAUAUGAUGCAUUUCUUACCAACUCCAUUGUUCUAUAAGAUUUUUUCCGGUUUCAAUCGCAAAAUGUAACGCACAAUUUAAGUAUCAGAAGGCAAAAAAAAAAACAUUUUAUAAACGUUACACUGUUCAGAGAAAGACUGUUUACAAGAAACAUUUGACAAAGAAAAGGAGAAAAACA